UUAUAGAAGCACCAUGCUUCUCGUUGCCAUGAAAAUUUGUGCGGUAAAAUUAUUGUUUUUAACUACAGUCUCCGCAAAUCUUUUCAUAAUGAACACAUCCCAAAUAUCGGUAGAGACCAGAAUAUCUUUGGGUAAUUGCAUAGUAGAAACCAGUACAAGAUAUUUCAAUAAGGAUUAUGAAGUAAUUACUUAUUCUUUACCUUUGAUGGAACUGGAUAAUAAAAUAAACUCAUAUUUUGUGAUAAGCCAUUUUGUAUUGAGUGAUUUACAAAAAUUGCACCGCUGGACGUUUUUAGUAAGAAACAUGAAUAUACCUCCUCAAUCCGUUAAAUUUCUUGAUAUAACAACUGUGUAUAUCAUACAAAUAAGAGAAAGUGGAGAAUUUGCUGAAACUCUAAAAAAACUCAGACAGCUCAAAUCUUGGAAUCCUCAUGCUAAAUUUUUGAUAGUAUCUACGUCGUUCUUUAAUUAUCCAGAUGUAGUGGCUACUCAAAUCACAGAGAAUAUGUGGAAUUACAAUAUUCAAAACGCUGUAAUUUUAUUAUCCGAUCCCAAAGAUAGAACUGUCUUCAAUGUUUACUCUUGGGAACCUUAUAGUAAUAGAAGUUGUGGAGAUAAUUUUGAAAAUACUUAUAUAGACCGAUGUUCGUACGGAAAAACCGCAUAUAAUAAUCCAUGGUUCAAUAAAAAAAUCACUGGGGACCUCUACAAUUGUACUAUUAAAGCUUUAUAUACAAAGUGGCCGCCUUUUGUGAUCGCAAACAAACCGACUUAUCAAAAAUCUCAUCUAUUACAACAACAAGGUAUUGAAGUGAAUCUUCUCAAUAUGAUAGCUGAAAAUUUGAAUCUUUUUGUACUAUACCAAAAAGAUAAAGAUGAAGCUUGGGGAGAUAUAUAUGAUAAUGGAACUGCUAUUGGAACUUUGAUUUAUUUAAUGAAUGAUGAAGUUGAUGUAUUAAUUGGUGGAUACACCAAAACAUUUCAAAAAAUGCUUUUCCUUGACUGCAGCCGCUCUUUUAUACAAGAAUCUUUGAUAUGGUGUACUCCUCAUGAACCAAUACUCCUAGGACUGAAGCCUAUGAUAGAAAUAUUACCCAUAGAGGGUUGGUUGGGAAUCGCUAUAGUUUACUUCAUAACUUCUUUAAGUAUUUGGUAUUUGAGUAAAAAUAACGAAAGUGAAUUGUGUACUUACAAAAAACUGGAUAAUUGUUUUUUAUACACAUUUUUAAUGCUAAUAGGUUUUGCAGCAAAAGCUCUACCUACAUCCAACAGAAGUCGGUAUUUUACAGGUCAUUUUAUGAUAUUUAGUUUAUUCGUUAAUAUUUUGUACACUACUUUUCUCACUAGUACCAUUUCCAGUCAAAAAUUUAAGGAAAAGUACCGAUCAAUGGAAGAUAUCUACGAAUACAAAUUGAAUACUUACUUUUUACCUUUGGCAGAAAAAUAUUUUCAACCUUACUUCGAAGAUAAUGAAAAUUAUAUAGAGGGUGUACCAAUAUCUUUGAUACAAAAAAAAUGGAAUACUUGUAAGAACGCGACAAUUUGUAUGGAAGCAGUAUUAGGAGGAAAUGAUAACGCGCUUUUAACAACUGAACUAUUUAAAGAAUACCUUUUUACAAAAUAUGGACAACUGCAUAAAAGUCGAUAUAAACCUUAUUGUCUCAAAAAACCAAUACUCAGUCUACCUAUAAAUAUAGUUAUGAGGAAAGGCUUUCCUCUAUUAUUUUUAUUUGUAGACUUGAUAGACAGAAUACAAAGUGCAGGCUUCAUAUCUAAAUGGGAAAAAGACGUAUUGGAACGAAGGAAGGUUAAUAUUUACAGCGACAAGGAAAAUCUUAUGGAUUACAAUACAAUUAAAUUCAAAAAUCUGGUUACCAUUUUCGAAUAUAUGCUGUUUGGUAUUCUUUUUGCUAUUAUAGUGUUUAUAGUUGAAGUUGUAUUCUAUAGAAGAAUAUGUUGGUGAAUCUACAUAUUGUCAACCUUUGAAAUAUAUGUAGUCACACAUUAAUUAAUAGUUGGACAAAAAAUUGUUCCUCGAACAACCCUCUUCAUAAAUGUUAAUUAAAGAGAUAAAUAUAUAAAUUUUACUUAACCCGUACUGGCAACUAUUGCAUUGAACCUUAACCUUUGCACAAACUUUCACCUGAGAGAAAAUUCUUUGUAAAUAUAUCGAAUACUUUAAACUAAUUUAUAUAAAAAAUUCAUGAACCUCAGAUUUCGCAUUCGAGGACCCAAUUUAUUAAAUUACUUUCCUCACUUUUUGUACAAUCAAUUUUGAGGCUUUAAAAUCUUUCCAUAUACCAUACCUCAACACAUGAACAAUGUGCUUUAUGGGUUUCUCUGUGGUUAAUAAAAAACAAAGAAUCUGAAAGUCCGUCUUUAUCAUAAUUAGACUCCUAUAUUUACAGCGUUUUCUUUUUUUGAACUACAAAUUAAGGAAUAUGUAAUAAUAAAAGUUUUAACGCGACUAUAAACAUACAAAAAAUACAUUUAUUAAUUGUGGACUACAUUAUUCACAUUAUAUUUUCCAAGAAAACAAUUUUUGUUAGUGUAAUUAUAACAGGCAAAGCUUUGACAUUGACUUAGUUCUCAUUAAUUGUAGAUGUUAAGCAAAUAAAAGACAAUUUAAUUG